AUUGAAAGGUCCGAAUUUCGAAACUCCGAAACACAAGCAAAGAAUUUUCACACACUCUCUCACCUUCUUCACACUCACCAAACCGCACCAUACGUAGAGAGAGAAAGUAAGUGAGAGAAAAUGGCUGCAACGUCGAAUCUCGAGGAUGUGCCGUCGACGGAUCUAAUGACUGAGCUCCUCCGUCGCAUGAAGUGCGCCACCAAACCCGACAAACGUCUCAUCCUCGUCGGUCCACCGGGAUCAGGAAAAGGUACCCAAUCACCGAUAAUUAAAGACGAGUAUUGCUUAUGCCAUCUCGCAACCGGUGAUAUGCUUAGAGCUGCUGUUUCUGCCAAGACCCCCCUCGGAAUUAAGGCCAAAGAAGCCAUGGAAAAGGGAGAACUUGUUUCGGAUGAUUUGGUUGUUGGUAUAAUCGAUGAGGCCUUGAAGAAGCCUUCUUGUCAGAAAGGUUUUAUUCUUGAUGGAUUUCCGAGGACAGUUGUCCAAGCCCAAAAGCUCGAUGAGAUGCUUGAAAACCGUGGAACUAAGGUGGACAAAGUUCUUAACUUUGCAAUAGAUGACGCUAUUUUGGAGGAGAGAAUUACUGGUCGAUGGAUCCACCCUUCGAGUGGUCGUACAUACCAUACCAAAUUUGCACCUCCGAAAGCUCCUGGUGUUGAUGAUGUAACGGGGGAGCCUUUAAUUCAACGUAAGGAUGACACAGCUGCUGUUUUGAAGUCAAGGCUUGAAGCUUUUCAUAAGCAGACCGAACCAGUGAUUGACUACUAUAGCAAGAGGGGCAUUGUUGCCAAUCUUCAGGCAGAUAAGCCUCCUCAAGACGUGAAAUCCGAGGUCCAGAAGGCUCUCUCCUGAUCAAAGGCUCCCGUUUUUUUUUUCCAACUAUACAAAUAAAUAUUUGGUCACUAUAUGCUUUAUGUUUUGCUGAGUCGAGGAACCAAUUGAGCGUUAGCUAUUGAUAUUUAAGGCAAGUUACGGAAUAAUUUUGUUCGACUAUUUGGGGAGGCUAACUGUAGUUUUUGUUUGUAUUUUCUACUGGUAAUGAUUGCUUAUUUCUCCAAAGCACUGAAGCAGUGUUAUAACAAUACAUGAUACCU